UUAAAUGUGACGAUCGUGCAGACCGAGCUCAGAGACGUCAGGUUAAUGAGCAUGAGCUGAAUUAAACCAGGUUUAAUUGAUGGGCAUGAAGCUGCAGGACGAUCAGAAACAGAGCGAGGCUGGCUCUCUCUCUCUUUCACACAUACUCGACACAAGCGAGGCGGCUGAGAGACGACGAGCAGGAUGGAGGAGCAGGCUACGUCGCAGCGCUCCGUGGCUGAACUCGCCAGGAGGUUCAAAGGUGCGGCUCCGCCACAAAGCCCCGCCGGGAAUGAACAGGAGAAGCCGGUCAGACGGCGACCGCCACGCACUCUACAGCUGUCCAAACCCCAGGGAGGCGAGCAGGAGCCUCCUGCAGGUGCCCCGACGUCACCUGUCAAAGUCAAGAGGAACUCUGGUCUAAUUGAGAAAAUCCAGGCUGAACUCGUGCUCUCGCCCACGGGUCCUCCUAUGAAGAGCCCUGGCAUCAGGAUGCUGCCUCUCAACUUCCCCCUGCCCUCCCCUGGCUCCGCCCCACCUGCUACCUCAGUAACCACCUCGUCCUCAGCAACCCCCACCAGCCCAGUCACCUCUCCUGUAACUGAAACGGAAGGCCCCGCCUCUUUUGAGGAACCUGCCACUGUGGCGGACGGAUCGGUCCUGCAGAGCAUCAACAAGGGCAGAGCUCGCCACUCCAUCCGCCGCCGUCCGCCAUCACGCCGCCACAGGACAUCCAGCAGUGGAGAGGUGGAGGCCAAAGAUGCAUCAGACACACAGGUGAGCUCCACAACUGACCCCGCUGACAAAACUGCAGCAGGCGGCAAGCAGGACGGCGAGCAGGGCAGUGAGGGUGACGUGUUCAAGAAGGAGGAUCAAACAGACGCCCCAACAGCUGCUGAGAAAAACCAAACUCACGAAGAGGAAGAGCCAAAGAGCGGCGACGGUGAUGUGCAGGAGGGAGAGAAAGGGUCUGCAGAAGAAGAGGAGGAGGAGGCACCAUCAUCAUCAGAGAAGAAGGAGGAGGAGCCGAGGUCGCCAGAGACGCAGAAACAGGACCCGACCGAAGACGCUACACUGACAGACGGCAAAGAAGAAGAACAGAGCGAGGAAGCAACAAGCUCAGCCCGAUGAGGACCACGCGUCGACGAGCCCCUGGAGUGCUGGGAGAGAAACCCCGUAUCAGCUACACCUGACUGAAGAGGCCUGCAGACGCUCAGGAGGCGAAUAUUUAGAAACUCUGAGGCGCCGCCCGCCAUCUGCGAAUGAGCGAAGACGCUCGGCCAAUCGUGCGAAGGUCCAGCCGAGCUUGUUCGUUUCCACUCAACGCCUUUCCACACCACAACACUGCAUUCUUCCUGUUUAGCCAUAUAUACUGUGACCUGUCUGUUCUUACUGUGUGCUGCCUACCAUGAUGAUGAUGAUGAUGAUGAUAAAUGGUUUGUGUCUGUGUUUAAAGCCACAGCUGUGAGGGAACCCUCGAAGCCUCGUUAGGUUUGACUGAUUUCUGGGAACCUCCGAGGUUUUGAUUGGAUGGCGACACGCAGCCUGAGGAGGCGGUGACGUCACAAAGUGCUUCUGAUGAUGAAAUUAAAAUACUUUUGCUACCAUAA